UGCAAUAGACAAUUUGUUAAUCAUUUCACUAACGCUUUAACAACAAUCAUAUAAAAGCCGUUAUCACUUCAACCAAAACAGUAUCCAUCAAGUCGUCUAAGUAUUCAGAACAUCAUGAAUACUUACAAAGGGUUCUUUGUUCUCGCUUUAGUAGCUCUCGUGGGUAUAACUUCAAUCCAAUCUCGAGAAAUUAAUCGAGACAAAAGUGAAGUUAGUGAUUUAGAAACCGCAGCUUCUGGACAUGGUGGACAUGGUGGGCAUGGAGGACAUGGUGGACAUGGUGGACAUGGUGGACACCACUGGUCUGAAGGAGGCGGCCACGAACACCAUUCCGACCACCACGGUAGUCAUGGAGAGAAGGGCGGUAAAGGUUACAAAGGUCACCACCAUCACGAAAAAGGAUCCAAAGGACAUCACGACAAAGGAGGUCACCAUAAACAUUACGAAGAACAUGGUGGGCACGAUAAACAUCACCAUCACGACGACGGAUACUAUGGAGAACAUCAUAAAGGAGAAAAAGGAGACAAAGGCCAUUCGUACGGCGAAAAAGGAUCCUACAAAAAAGGUCAUCACACUAAAGGUGGACACCACGAGCAUAAUUUGGACGAAUUCAAUAAAGAAAAACAUUUCUUUGAUGAAGAUCAUGAUUCUGGUCAUCACGAACAACACGGAGGACAUCACCAUGAAGAUGGAUACAAAAAGGGAGGCCACGAGAAAGGAGGACACCACAAGGGAGGCCAUCAUGAAGACCACUACGGUAAAAAAGGCGGUCAUAAUAAGGGAUCCCAUUACCACGAAUCUUCUGGACACAAGAAAGCUGGUGGACACGACGACCAUUACCAUCAUGGACACCAUUAUGGUAAAAAGGGAGGACAUGGACACCACAAGGACUGGAGCUUCAAAAAAGGACAUUAAUCACAAACGAAAAGAAAAUAUGAUCCGUAAUGUUGUUAAAAAUUGUUAUGUUGAUUUAUUUGUAUUGUUGUAUGCAAAUUGUAAUUUUUUGAUACAAUUUUUCGAAUAUUUUAUCUUCGAUAAAAUAUAUACAA